UGACGCCACGAGCAGGAGCAGAUCGGAAGAGCAGCAGACAGACAGGACCCAAGCCGAGGCAGCAGCAGCACCACCGCCGUGAUAGGGAGCACAGCGCAGGUUGAAGGCCGACUCUCCGCUCUUCUCUUCGGGCUCUCUCCAAUGCUGCGGCUCGGCGGCAAUAUGCGCGGCUUGUUCCCCGCCCUGCUCUCGGUUCUUCUCGCCGGGCUGGCGGCCGCUGCGUCCUCGGAUCUGUUUGACAACCAGCUGGGUGACAUCAAUUACUGCAAAAAGCAAUGCCAGCUCACCAUCAAAAACAAAAGCCCCGCUAAAGACUCCAUAAUGAACGCCUGUCACCGCGGCUGCCGCCUCUACUCCAUCUGCCAGUUCGUCAAUGGGGACGCCGGCUUUAAUACCAGCAAGGAGGAGUGUCAGGGAGCUUGCCAGGAGGCAUACAUCAAGCUGCUGGAGCAAGAGGCCUGCAGCACCGGCUGCGCCAGCCAACCCUCUGAACCUGAGAUCAUGAGGAGGAAGCUGAGGGCCAUGACCCUGCGCCCGAAGCCCCCCUCUGUGAUGGAGGCCGUGUCUAGCUGGUGCAAUGACAUUGUGAGCUCGGCCCAGAGCUUCAUUUCCUCCACAUGGACCUUCUAUCUGCAGGCGGAUGAUGGAAAGGUUGUGGUUUUCCAGAGCCAGCCAGAAAUGGAGUACACUAUGCCUGAGCUGCAGGCUCCUCGAUCCAGUGUGGCUGACAAACCUUGGCCUCAGGUCCACUCCCACACACAGAGACCCCAUGGCGUUAAGGGACGAGGAGAAAAAGGCGCAGGCAAAGGAGUGGUCAAAGGAAAGCGCUUCAUCCAGCACACAGAGGACCCUGCCACUGACCAUGACUUCCUGGGCUGCAUGUCAAGACGUUCAGGCCUUCCGCGGUGGAUUUUAGCUGCUUGUCUCUUCCUGUCCAUCAUGGUCAUGCUGUGGCUCAGCUGUGCCAGCCUUGUUACCGCACCUGAGCAGCACAUCAAGACGCAGCUGAGUAUCAAUGGAGAUAAGGAGUUUAUGGAACAUGUGCACAAGGUCAACCCUUUGCACCUGAGUCCAAUGAUAGCAGUCAGCGUGAAGCAGUCGGAGAAGAUACAGGAGGCGGGACCACUUCCAGUCAAAGUUGACCUCAACAAAACCUGUAUUUAGAGAGAAGUCUGCUGCUUCUUGUUACUUCUGGUAACCAUGUGUGAAACAUGUGGCCUGUCAUCAGUGCACCACUCAGAGUUUUUAAAAAAAAACAUUUAAUCAAAAGAAAUGCUCCAUAUCCUGUUAUUCAGAAUGAUCAGUAACAUCUCAUGUCAGUCAGAUGAGCUUUUUAGUUUUUCAUUGUACAGUUCAGAUUUCUGCAAGGUCAUCCAGAGAUUAUCAUUAAUGAUCUGCCUCGCUCAUAGCUUUGCUGAAGAGGGGCAGCCUUGUCUCAGAUCCACACACGAGAUGAGCAGAGAGGAUAUAUUACAGCUGAGAGCUCUGCUGUCACUUUUAAUGUUGAGUUUGGACAAAUGCGGCGAUUCAUGAUAGAUUUAAUUUAUCUCGUUCUCGCAGAGUUGGGAUUAAUUAAAACGGCUCGCUCAGACUCAAGAGAUGAAAAGAAGUGGGAGAGAGGGGAGAGGAAGAUGAAUGAAAGGUGAGCAAAAUACUUGACAGCGCUGCGGGAAACAAACACAGUAACAAAUACGCAGUUUAUGAUCUGUUUACAUAAUCAACUUUAUGAGCGCUUCAGAAAUAUCGCCUUGGCAAACAGCUCUGAAAUUGAAAAUCCUCUUCUUGACAGCGUUCUCAGGUGAGUAAUCCUCACCGGGGACACAAAAACUAAAUUAGCGUCUUUCUAUAAUCUAAUUCCUGUGUGUGUGUGUGUUUGGGCAAAUCUGCAAUGGCACUCAUUCAUCUGUGGAGAACAAAUUCAAACGACUGCAUCUGGGCGUGCUGACUGAAAACGGGAAAGGCUGAGACCGUUAUUUAUUUUCUUCUCUAUUUAUUCUGAAUCAUUGACAUAAGUAAUCUGUUAAAAUGUUACUGAAGUGCCAUGGACAUUUAAUGCAUCACAAAAGUGUAAACGCUUUUUGUGUGGAACCAUUACAGCACAGACUUUACAGAGAAACACACAGGAGAAAGAUGGCAUCAGUUACUGUAUUAAUGUAACUAUGAUAAUUAUUAUUAUUAUGGCUCUUAUAUCACUUCAAGACUUUGUAGCUGUUACCUGUACCAUGUGCUUUCUAAUAGCUGACUAUUUUGUAUGUCCUAGGAGCACAUAUUGAAGGAUAACCCCUGUAAUAAUGUGUAAUGCAAAGCUUUGAGCAUACAGUAGACCUUUGUUAUUGAACAGAGUUGCACAGUCGUAGAGAAGAUCUUUUGUUUUCCUCUCAUUGUUUUUGGUGUCCUGUGAUGCUCUCUUUUUACCUCGGCUAUGUAGACAGUUAACCGUGCAUGCAAGUGGUGAAUUUUUUUCUUUCUAUUUUUUUUUUUUUUUUUUGAAUGAUAGUUUAUUCUAAGCGCUCGCCAUGCCAGUAAUUCUCUACUGUGGACUUGUGAAUUUUUUUUCUGUUUUUGUGUUCAUAUUUACAGUUAACCUAGAACAUAUAACAAUGAUUUAUAGCAAAGACUCUUGAUUAAAAAAAAGCCAUCUGAUCAAUAUAUGUGCAGCUUCAAGCUGAAGGCUACAGGACAUGACUUUUGAACUGUAUUUGUUCCUUUUUACUGUUUAUUUCCAAUGAAAUGAUACAACAUGAUGAAAUAAAGUGUUUCAUUGUAAGUGAAUAAAAUAUGCAAGUGGAGGUUUCUUUUUAAUUUAGAAAGGAGAAAAUUUAAUAAAUGGAUAAAUUGACA